AUGCCGUCAUAUACCCGCUUCGAGGAGAGCGAGCUGCCGGCUGCCACUCUCGCCGAGGCAGUACCGCCUGUACCGCCAAAGACGUUCGGUACUCUCGCUCCUGCCUUCCGCAAGUUUAGCAUUAAGCGUCUGGUACGCAGGAAACCAACGAGCGUCAGAGAUACUCAGGGGAGUGAAGCGCCACUCAACACUAGCACGAAUCAGCCGCAGCCUACCGACCCUUCCCUGCAUCAGCGUCAUCGAUCCCAGAGCCAAGCGCCCCUCAAUGCCAGCCCGAAUCCGCCGCUUCCCGACCCGCCGCGACGGCCCAGUCUCCCAACAUUGACAGCCGCUCCGGCCGUUGCACGCAAACCGGUACCACUGUACGACGAGGCUCUCCUUAGGCUCCCCCCACGCAUGUCCAUCGAGGAUGCGCAAGGCUUGGGGCUCGUCCUCGGCCAGCCUUCCUCCCUCGUCAGCUCGCAGGGGCGCCGCAAUCCGCAAGGAGACACGACUACGUCCACCAAAGCUCGCUCCUCAGAUCCAAAUACCUCGAUCAGCUCUAGCGCAGCCCAGAGCGACAUAAUGCGUAUCACAACGGCAGACUCGGACGGAGCCAGCACGUCGGACAUGUGGCUUCAGAGACCUGGCGCAGGGGCGCGUACGCAGAGGGUCUCCGUGCAGCGAUCGCCCGUCUUUGAUCCUCCACCACUCCCUUCCUUGCGUAGAGAGAGUGCAGCAACAGAGGAGGUGCCAGUCCUUCCACCUCUUUCAGAGUCUCGCGCCACCAAUCGCACGACGGCAACAGCCCGGGACAGCCACCUCUUCUCUAGCGACGGGGGCGGCUCAGCCCUUGAAGCUGAGAUUGGUACGGCGCGCAAGGUCGUGGGGCAAAGCCGCGCUCAAUCGCAAAGCAUCAUGCGCGUGAUAGAGGAGAAGGAGCCGCCUGCUACAUUAGCUGAACCUCCUCAGCUCACCUUGCGAUCAGCCACGCCUCUCUUCGCCAAGAUCGAUACCGCCUUGCAGGAGUUGCGAGCCGUGGAUCAGCCGCGUGCUGGGCAGGUGCUGGGCACUUCCCGCUCCUUUGUCGUGCCAGCCAAGGCGGGAGACGAAGGCAUGAGCACGCCAGACUCGGAAGAUGAUGUCCACAACCGACCCCGUACCCGCAGCUCUCCGGCAAAGAAGGCUGCCACAGAAUUGCCAUUCGCUACCUUACCGCGUCGCAACAACACGCGACCAUCGUCAGCUUCGAGCGCAGAAGAAGGCAAGCACCCACGCGAAUCGUUCGACGCUCCCCGUCCUCACCCGCCAUCGCAGAAGAGCUCCUUCCUUUCUACCGUUCGCGGCGGCAGCCACAAGCGGUCGAAGAGCAGUCUUGCGGCCUUGUCAAAGACAGAGUCGUCCAAGAGUGACAAGAAAGAGGCUAAGCGGGAGAGGGAGAAGGAGAAGGAUCGAAUUCGACGUUACGCUGAUAUGAAGACGAACGAUCCGCUCUUGGCUGAGCGACUCGCUCUGAUGGGGCUGCAGCACGGCAGCGAGCGGCCGAUCCGAGCGCAGGCGCAGGAGCAGGAGCAGGGGCAGCCGCAAGCGCAGGCUAACGAGCACCCUCCUGCCGUUUCAAAAAGCGCAGCUACCCCCGCAGUCGGCGCCGUCGCACCCUCAUCGUCGACCUCGAGCGCUUUUGUCACCGCAUCGCCGAGUCUCCCUGUCUCCUCUACCUCUAACGCGGGCGCGGGCGUAGGCGCAUCUCCCUCCCUGGCCUCCGUCUACACUCUUGCUCGCUCCCGCUUCGGGUCACGUCCUACCACGGCGGACUCCUCCUCGCUCGCCCCAGUGAACGUCAACACGAACGCAGAAGCGGCCUUUGUUACACCCUCGUCCACACACGCGGAGAGCGCUCAAGCCAUGCUGCAGCGAUCAGCCAGUGCUACGAGCAAUAGUCGCCGCGGCUCCGGGAGGCCGGGCUCUUCGGGCUCGUCUGUUAGGACGAGGCGGAUUAGCUCCUUCUCUCCUGCCACGGUCAGCGCAGAGACAGCGCAAGUGACGAGUGGUCCGGCUUUGGAUGAGGCUGCGAGGGAAGUGUUGCAGAGGAAGACUAGCACACGCGCUCGUGCGCCGCCGCUCCUGGUGAGGAAGGUGAGCAGCGGAGGAAGCACGCCUAGGCAGGCGCCCAAGCAUUUGAGUCUGGUUGCUAGGGUGGAGGAUGAGGAGGAGAGGGCCCAGAGGGGCGAGAUAGAGGGGAAGCAGUCUUAA